AUGAUAUCCACCUAUAAUCCGCCAACACAUUUGAGAAUACAGUACAACCCCAAUCGACGUAAGUACAGAUUUUAAUUUUUUUACAGUGACCCUUUUAUCAAUAUUGUAAUAUUGUAAUAACAUGAUGUUCUACAGGAAACCUGCUUUUAUAUAUGUACAUGGGUGUGUGUAAUAAUGUGUACAUCUCUCACCAAUCGACACUCCCAGGUGUGAGCCUGCUUUGAGAAGGUUCUGGAAGAGGUGACCCGCUACACCCCUCGCUACAUGGAGGAGAUGGAGUCUAUCUUUGACGAAUCACAGGAGGAGGAUAGGAAGAGGAUCAGCAAUGACCAGCAAUGGACGUCACAAACAAUGAGAGUUAGGCUACACCUGCAGUCAGACUGUUACUAGGAGAGGGUGUAUGCAGUCAGAUUGUUACUAGGAGGGUGUAUGCAGUCAGAUUGUUACUAGGAGGGUGUGUGUGGAUGUGGGUGGUCUUUCUUUAUCUCAUCUCUCACUGAUCAUUUCUGUCAUGCCCUGAUCUCUCAUUCCCCCUCUCUCUCCCUCCCCUUUGUAUCUUUCUCUCUCCCAGUGUGAAAGUUCUCCGUCACUGUGUUUUUGAGAUCAGUGUAGACCCGGAGACCUUUAACCCCUGA